AUGGCCAUGUUCUACGCGUCCCUGGCCCAUCACUAUUCUACAUCAACAACAUUAAGUGUCGAAGACACACUGUUCCUGGUUGCUAUCAUCGUGGAUGCAGCGCUCAUAUUGCUGCUGUCAAAAUGGGGCAACGCCUUGGUCUCGCAUCUCAUGGCUCCUCCUAGAUUUGGCGACACCUGCCUUCCGAUUCUAUCGUUCAACAAACACUACGCCGCCGCCAUCCUCGCGCUACUCUCGGCCGUUGUCGUCGCCCUCCUCCAGCCAAAGCUGCAAAGACGUGGCCGAUAG